AUGUUCGUUGGGAACUUUAAUUCUGAAUCUCUUUUUGUCUUGGUGCAGUGUCUGGAUACCCCUUAUAAACCACAGUACAGUGGAGGGAUCAUCGUGAAUCCUGACCUGCAAAAUGGUUCACUAGGCUGGUCACAAUUCGGAAAUGCCAAAGUUGAUUUCAGAGGGUUUGGAGGCAAUAAGUUUGUUGUUGCCACACAGAGGAAUCAAUCUUCUGACAGCGUCUCACAGAAGGUUUACUUGGAAAAAGGAAUUCUCUACACUUUCUCGGGUAAAAAAACUUUCGAAUUUGUGUUUCUUGGAGCACACUCUUUAGAACUAUCGCCUGAUGUAUUUUAUGUUAACCUUGUAGCUUGGUUACAAGUAAGCAGAGGAAAAGCUCCCGUGAGUGCCGUUUUCAAGAAAAAUGGUGAAUAUAAGUAUGCCGGUUCUGUUGUUGCUGAAUCCAAAUGCUGGUCCAUGCUCAAAGGUGGUCUCACUGUUGAUGAAUCUGGUCCUGCUGAUCUCUACUUUGAGAGCGAGAACACAACAGUUGACAUUUGGGUUGAUAGCGUCUCUUUGCAACCUUUCACACAAGAAGAGUGGGACUCUCACCACGAACAGAGCAUUGACAAAGCAAGAAAAGGUUCCGUGAGGAUCAGAGUCAUGAAUAACAAAGGCGAGACGAUACCAAACGCAACCAUAUCCAUAGAACAGAAGAAACUUGGAUUCCCAUUCGGGUGCGCAGUAGAAAACAACAUACUUGGGAAUCAAGCAUACCAAAACUGGUUCACUCAGAGAUUUACCGUGACAACUUUCGGGAACGAGAUGAAAUGGUACAGCACAGAAAGAAUAAGAGGCCAAGAGGAUUACUCGACAGCUGACGCGAUGUUUAGUUUCUUCAAGCAACACGGGAUUGCUGUACGUGGGCACAAUAUUUUAUGGGAUGAUCCCAGGUAUCAACCUGGAUGGGUGAAUUCUCUGUCCCGUGACGAUCUCUACAACGCCGUGAAACGAAGGGUUUUCUCGGUGGUCUCACGAUACAAAGGUCAGCUUACUGGUUGGGAUGUUGUGAAUGAGAAUCUCCAUUUCUCCUUCUUUGAGAGCAAGUUGGGUCCUAAAGCCUCUUAUAACACAUACGCAAUGGCCCAUGCCUUCGAUCCACGGACAACAAUGUUCCUGAAUGAAUAUAAUACGUUAGAGCAACCUAAUGAUUUAACUUCUAGUCCAGCAAGGUAUUUGGGAAAGCUUAGGGAGCUUCAAUCUAUUCGGGUUGCCGGAAAGAUUCCGUUAGGGAUAGGUCUUGAGUCUCAUUUCAGCACUCCUAACAUUCCGUAUAUGAGAUCAGCUCUUGAUACUCUUGGUGCCACUGGUUUGCCUAUUUGGCUCACUGAGGUAGACGUUGAUGCGCCUCCCAAUGUCCGGUCCAAGUAUUUCGAGCAAGUUCUAAGGGAAGGCCAUGCGCAUCCGAAGGUGAAAGGAAUGGUGAUGUGGACAGGUUAUUCACCAUCAGGUUGCUACAGAAUGUGCCUCACCGAUGGAAACUUCAAGAACCUACCCACUGGAGAUGUCGUGGACAAGCUUCUACGUGAAUGGGGAGGGCUUCACAGCCAAACCACAGGUGUCACUGAUGCUAAUGGGUUCUUUGAAGCUUCACUCUUUCAUGGUGACUAUGAUCUUAAUAUAUCUCAUCCUCUCACCAAUUCAAAAUCUUCUUACAACUUCACGUUGACUCCUGAUGACUCCUCUCCAAAGACCCAACCAUCUCUAUUUGUCGUUCGUAUUUGAGAAGCUAAGUUUACAACUACUUUGUAUUUGAGUAGUUUGAUUCUUAGUGGCAGAUAGUGUGUUUUGCAUUAUAGCUGUGUGUGAGGAAACUCCCAUGGGAUAUCCAUGAGAAUCGUUGGGUUGGUUUCUUAUACUUUAAUUAAGCCUUGAAAUUGUAAUAGAAUUAUCAAUAUUAUUGAACUUCCUUUAACUA